AGUUCGCAGGCUCGUAUACACGCUCGUCGGUUGUACCAAACGGACGCACACACAUCAACAGAGCAGCAGCACAAACGCCUCGGAUUCCUUUGCCGCUCAUGUCCGCCUCCUCCGCCUGUUCGUCAUUGACGCGGCACAUCACCGCGGCGACGUCCAGCUCUAACAACGCCGCCAUCCCCGCCGCCAGCCACCACUUACCGCCCACGCUUAACGGCUACAGUUUCUCAAAGCACGUGCGCAGUUCCCUCUCGCACGAUACCUUUAUCGGGCAGGCGGAGCGACGAGAGGAAGAAGGUACGCCAGCGACCUCGCAAAAGGUGAUUCGUAUCUACGCUCUGGACUAUCUGCGCAGGGACGAAGAGUGUCGUUUUACGAUCGAGCGUGAGUGCAUGGCAGGACGCAUCGUUCCCUCUCACCCGCAUUUGCUGACGGUCGAAAAAGUCUUCGCCUCUCAAACAGAUCUUUUUCUCGUGGAGCCGUACUGCAGCGGGGGCGACUUAUACGAGUACAUGGUGAGUAUUGCGACGGCGGCGGCGGCAGCGGCAGCGGAGCACGCCGAUGUCAGCGUGGAAGACUCGAUAGCUGGAAAAGGGCUGUCCAUAGAGUUUGCGCAGCGCCUGGCGCGUGAGCUGCUCACGGCCGUGCAUUUUCUUCACACAACAUGUGGCUUGGUGCACCGCAAUAUUAAGCUGGAGACGCUGUUUUGCGACGCACGUAUGUCGCUUCACUUAGGCGGCUUUGGUCUCUGUGCGGUGUUGCCCACCUCUCUCGCAGGCGGCGAGAACGUGAACGACACGAACACGACGAAUAACGAUGGCAAUGCUUCUCAAGGAGCACAGGAGGAGAAACAGCAGGACGUGGCGGUGUCGGCGGCUGCUUCUGCAUCGACCUCUCUUAUGCGGUUGUGCUGUAGCUCGAAGCACUACGCGGCACCGGAGCUGAUUCAAGGCCAGCCCUAUCAAGGCGAGGCCGUGGACGCCUGGGCGUGCGGUGUGGUCCUCUUCGCCCUUCUCACCGGCUGCUUUCCAUUUGACAGUUUGGAAAACGAUGACGAGGCGCUUUUUAAGCUGAUCUGCGGGGAUGCGGAGACGCACCUCGCGCAGCACCCCGCUUUGGCGGCCGUCGAAGACCCCCGAGCAGUGGACUUGGUGCGCAAUUUACUUCGUCAAAGCCCCAAGUCGCGCUACAGCGUCGCGGAAGCCCUGGAGCACCCCUUCCUUGUUUGA